AUGAAUAUCAAGAUUGACAUUACCCAGUUUCGUGUCGAUCAAUCGCAACUUAAAAUCGUCAAAGAACUUAGAAACUGCAAGUUUGGAUCAGCAACUCUUGCAGAAAACGUCCUUACAGGCCAACUUUCAAUUAUUAACCACGUUCCUUUCAGUAUGAAUGUCCUUAAACUCGGACGGAUGGUUCAUCUUGCUUUUCUUCCUUACCAAGGAGUAAUUCUUCAAACAGAUACGACACAAUUCGCUCUUGUCGAAGCUGCCACAAAUUUGACUUUAACAGAGUUCAUUAAGACACUAGAUCCAUCUGAUCCAGCAAAGGAUGCUAAAUUGCAUAACAUUGCAUUUGGAAUUGCAUCAGGAAUGAAGUAUGCAAAUGAGGAAGGAUAUUUCCAUGGCGAUUUGACAACAGAUAACAUCUACAUAUCAGAAGACUUCACACCACUUAUCCACAGUGUCGGACUUGCUAAAUUGUACGGUCUUCAACGAGCUAAUGAUGUUAAAUCGUACGGAAUCAUUCUUGAAACACUUUUCAAAGGUGGAAACUACACAUUCGAGAAUGAUCUUGCACAGAAGAUCAAAGAUGGCAUAGUAAACACAUUCACCGAAAUUUGUGAUUUAUUAUACCAAAAUUACAGCAGCAAUUACAUUUCUAAGCUUACGCAUUUCGACAAUGCACGCAACAUCUCCGAUGGAACACAGUUCUUCAGCAAAUGUGACUUCCUUUUUCUUGCAAUUCGAAACAUCGGAACAUCACCAGCUGUUGCAAUUUCUAAUGCAUACUUAUUGUUAUGCGGCAAAGAUCCAGUUCCUGUUCCUCCUGUCAAUCCAUCUGUUAUUGGAAUCCAUUCAGACAACGACCUCCAGAAGUUGAUUUGCAACUUCAAAGAUUUCAAAAUCGUUAGAGAACUUAAACUUGGAUUUGGAAUAUCAUAUGUUUGUGAGAAGAAAGGAAAGCAAUAUCUUCUUUCUACAGUUCCAUACAACAUCCAGUUCAAGAAACGCUUUGACUUAUUACAUCCAGCAUUAUCAAAUGUCUGUGGUAUCAUUCUUUCCGACAAAGACCAUCCAUUCUUCAUUGUCGAAGAUUACGGCAGCGAAAUCCCAUCUAAUUUGAUUGGUGAAUCAUUAUUAGCCACAGCAGCCGCUCUCUCUUACUGCCAUUCAGUCGGAAUCCAUCACGGUCAACUUCGUCCUGACUGCAUCACAAAGGUUAAAGACUUCGUCCAUUUGUCAUUAGUCGGUGUUUCAGAAUCAUUUGGUCACAAAGUCACAGAUUACGAUGAUGUUUAUUCGUUUGGCCAAUUAGGCUUACAGUUAUACAAGGACUGUUCACCAGAAGUCAAAUCUCUCUUCGAAGAAUGCAUUAAAAACAAGUCUAUGACUAUGAAAACAGUAUUCGAUCGUUUAUCAGUUUCACAGAUUUCAGAUGACUACUGCCACAUGCUUUCACAGUUUGAGAGCAGACGACAACGUGCUAUCUCUGGUGACCGAUUUGCUAUUGAAGAUAUCAAGACACACAUGAAAUUGACAUCCAAUGGAGAUGUUCCUCUUCUUCCAGAAAUCAAAGAAAGCGGUAUCGAUGUCUGUCCUCCUCUUUACAUUGCAGCCAUGAACAACAACGUCCGUGACAUCAAGAGACUUAUCAAAAGUGGUGCAAAUCCAAACGCAACAGCAGUCGAUGGCUCAACAGCACUUCAUGCAGCAGUCUUGAGAGGAAACAUCGAAUCAAUCCGAGUUCUUCGAAAUUAUUGUGAUCGUUCAUCGAAAGACAUCCUGGGAAGAAGUCCACACGAUGUUGCUGGUCCAAACGAAAAACGUGCACUUCUUAAACAAAUUGACGGCAUGACAGGCCUCCUUCUUCGCAGUUUGGUUUGUCUUCUCAGCAAACCAUUUUAA